CAACAACUAAACCAACCACAACAACAACUAAACCAACCACAACAACUAAACCAACAUCCACAACAACUACUAAAGCAACAUCCACAACAACUCCUAAAGCAACUUCCACAACAACAACUAAAGCAACAACUUCUACAAGCACGACAACUACAAUCGGAAGCACUACCACCAGUCCCUCCAGCACCAAUAACACUUGCCUUGCUGUGACAACGUGCCCUACAGUAUCAAAAUACCGUACAUUUGAUGGAUCUUGCAACAGCUUGACGCUCACAAACCUUGGCAAAUCUUUCACUGACUAUCGCCGUUUGAGUUCACCCGCAUACGCAGAUGGUAUUCAAUCUCCUCGUGUGUCCAGUAACGGUUCAGACUUGAACAGUGCGCGUCUAAUAAGCACCACCAUCUUCGGAGGUGCUGACAGACCCCUCAGUACCACUACAUUAGCACUGAUGCAGUUUGGACAGUUUAUUAACCACGAUUUUGAAUCAACGACUCAGUUCACCUUUACAAACGGAUCGGACAUCAGCUGCUGUUCCAGUACCGGUGGCACGUUGAACGCUUCCCAGCUUCAUCCGGCUUGUUUACCCGUUUCCGUACCAACCAACGAUAGAUUCUGGAACGUCAACUCACCGUCCAUCACAACCUGCAUGAACUUUGUUCGCUCCAUCUCUGGUCCGCGACUGGAUUGCAGCAUUGGAUACGCCGACCAACUUAAUCAAAACACGCACUGGAUGGAUGCCUCCACGGUUUACGGAUCGACUCCGGCAACGGCCACUUCACUCCGUAGUUUCACCGGCGGUCUUUUAUUGACAACCAAAGACGCAAUUAGUGCAACAACCAGUCGAGAUUUACUUCCAUUGACGUCUCCCUGCACCACUGGUGCUUGUUUUUUGGCAGGUGAUUCGAGAGCUACUGAGCAGCCACAACUAACUGUCAUGCAUACCAUCUGGCUUCGUGAACACAACCGAAUCGCCAAGGCAUUGGCUGUUGUUAAUCCAACAUGGAAUGACACAAUCCUGUUUCAGGAGGCCAGACGAAUCGUCAUCGCAGAAAUGCAACACAUUACCUACAAUGAAUUCAUCACUGCUUUGUUGAGUCCGGGAACCAUUACCAAGUACAGUCUUGCUACACUGGCAUCCGGUUUUCUUACGAAUGCCAACACCAGCAGAGUAUCUACCGGACCCAUCAGUAACGAAUUUGCCACUGCUGCUUUCCGUAUGGGUCAUUCUCUCGUUCAAGGAUCAGUCCAACUUUUUGCUGAAAACGGCACAUUGCUGACGAGUUCUUAUACCAUGAGCGAUACCUUUAACAAUGCGGCAAUGCUCGUCAAUGACAAAACAUAUUUGGAUGCCGUUAUUCGGGGACUUCUCACCGAACCAUCUCAAUCAGUGGACCAAAAUGUGGACGACUCGUUGUGGAAUCGGCUCUUUAUAGCGAGAAACAUCCGGUUUGAUGUUGUUGCUUUAAACAUCCAACGCGGCCGCGAUCACGGUAUUCCAAGCUACAAUACCUAUCGCCAAUUUUGCGGUUUUACGAAAGCCACCAGUUUCGCUGAUUUGAGCGUUCCAUCGACCACUAAUCCAGUUAUCAAGCCAGAUUUGGUUCCUCUUCUACAGCAGGUGUAUAACUCUGUUGAUGAUAUUGAUGUCUACGUAGCUGGACUUUUGGAAGCGCCUCUCGGUGGUUCCAUCGCUGGACCAACUUUAAACUGUUUACUGGGUGAACAAUUCAAUCAGAUUAAGUAUGCCGAUCGCUAUUUCUACGAACUUGGUGGUCAAGCUCACUCAUUUUCCUCAGCCCAGUUAUCCGAAAUCAGGAAAGCUAGUUUGGCACGCAUUUUUUGCGACAACAGUGACGGCACAGUUUUGAGCGUUCAGCCCAAAGCUUUCAUUCCAGUCAGCGCGACGAAUGCCAAAGUCCUUUGCACUGGAACCACUAUCCCAAGUUUGAACUUAACAAUGUGGAAAAACGAAGUUUUAUUCUAAUUAAUUACAUAAUCAAGCUUUUGACCUACCACUAAGUUGUCAACAUUAUUGUAUGAAUCAUUGGCAAAAAAAAAAUGAAUUUAUAAAGCUAAUUGUUAAACAGCUUCGAAGGUUUCAAAUGUUGGGUGAUGGCAAGGCAAUAAAUACAAGCAACUGAAAUAAAAAUUCGUAUCAGCUGAG